CAUGGCAGCUGCCAUGGUCUGACUUCAUGCGCCAUUGAGUCGUUUCCAUAGGAAUCUGUGAAAGAAACGGAAGCUGUCUCCAGUUCUUAUAUAUCUCGAUUGCUCUUAAUGAAUGUGGUGCUUUGUCUGUGAAGCACAAAGCCAGCGUGGCGCUCUGAAAUAUUACAAUUAAAACCAUAAACUGCGGUUUUCUCUUUUGAUUCGUUAAUAUUAAUUUUACAUUUUCAUCAGCCAGUGUGGAUUUUCUUACAGUGCAACCAAACCUGCCCUGUGUUAGCUAGGCGUAACAUGCAGCAAAAUGAAUGUGCUAAAUCUGAUUUUAACUCGACAACUUCAUCUAGCUCACAGUUUCGUGUUCUUGUUGGUGUAACCGGUAGUGUAGCAGCCUUAAAACUGCCGUUGUUGGUGUCCCAACUUCUUGAAUUACCAGGGGUUGAUGUCCAGGUGGUUGCGACUGCCCACGCGACACACUUCUACAGCCCCGAAGAGGUCCCGGUCAGAAUCUAUACGGACAAGGAUGAGUGGCAGUGGAAGUCUCGCUCUGACCCCGUGCUCCACAUCGAGCUGAGGCGCUGGGCCGACCUGCUCGUCAUAGCCCCCCUGGAUGCCAACACCCUGGGGAAGAUAGCCAAUGGGAUCUGUGACAAUCUGCUGACCUGCUUGGUGCGGGCCUGGGACCUAACACGCCCCCUGGUCUUCUGUCCCGCUAUGAACACAGCCAUGUGGCAGCACCCCAUAACCGCCAAGCAGGUGGCCACCCUCAAGGAGUUCGGCUACAUCGAGGUGCCCUGCAUAUGCAAGAAGCUGGUCUGCGGGGAUGAAGGUAAAGGGGCAAUGGCAGCGCUGUCUACAAUUGUAGACGUAGUCAAAGAACACCUUCCACGGUCCCAUAGCUAAAGACACAGAGGACAGUGCUGGGGACUGCUUGACCUGGUGUUCGAAGAUGUGCCCUUUCUCGAUGUGUAAUUAUCAGGGAGAAAAACGGUGUAAUACCAGUCUCAAUAUGCAACAGCCAAUACAUUGAAUUCCCCAAUAUUUUCCUGCAGAAUUGUUCACUUGUUUUAUUGUUUUAUUAAACUUGCCCAUUUAAUAA